UUUAGAUGUGAAGCAGAAAGCAACUCAAGAAGAGAAGAAAAAAAGUUUAAAAAAAAAUAUUUCUUGUUGAUAAUUUUCAACGAGAAUUAAAUUGAGUUCAAGGAAAUAAAAGGAAAGGAAUCGAAAAAUAAACUUUGAUAAAAAAAAUAAAUAAAAAUAAAAACAAAAGAGCAGUAGUAACAAAUCAAUUUCUGACUACUUUCCACUCGGGUGAAAUUGUUUUUUUUUUUUUAUUUUGUUUGUUGAUUUAACAUUUCAAAAAGAAAGUUGAAGUGCAGUUGCAAAUAUCAAAUAAAAAUAAAUCACCAAUUUGAGAGGAUUAAAAAUUAAGACGUGAAAAUGCUACCACGACUGAUUCGAUUAGCGUUUCUAGCCUGUAUACUAUUGCUCAUAUUCUCACAUUUAACAGACAGUGCUCAAGAAAAGAGGAGAAUACGAAGGCCAACUACCUUAGGUAAUAAAAAUACAGAGAAAUCUUCAUCAUUUAAAAAUGUCACUAGAUCGACAAGUUCGGCAGUCAAGAAAGAAGCUCAAGAUAGAAGUGAUUUGGCACCAGCACCAUCCACAAAUAGAUUCAAAGUGAGAGCACGAAAACCAUCGUCAGCUCUUGCUGUUUCAGCUUCUUCUGAUAAUUCAGUAUCAACAUCAAAGGAAGCUAAAGAUAAGGAUGGAUAUAAAGUUGUCUGUUACUAUACAAAUUGGUCACAAUAUCGUGUCAAGAUCGGUAAAUUCGUACCAGAAGACAUCCCAGCUGAUCUUUGUACCCACAUCAUUUUUGCAUUCGGGUGGUUGAAGAAAGGAAAAUUGAGUUCAUUUGAAAGCAAUGACGAAACUAAAGAUGGAAAAGUUGGAUUGUAUUCAAGAAUUGUUGGACUUAAGAAGACUAAUCCAAGUCUCAAGGUUCUAUUAGCUAUUGGAGGAUGGUCAUUCGGUACACAAAAGUUCAAGGAAAUGUCAAAAUCAAGAUUCGCUCGUCAAACAUUCAUAUUUUCAGCAAUUCCAUAUUUGAGACAGCGUGGAUUUGAUGGUCUUGAUUUGGAUUGGGAAUAUCCAGCUGGUUCGGAUGACAAGAAAAAUUUCGUUCUCUUAUUGAAAGAAUUGAGAGAAUCCUUUGAAGCAGAAUCACAAGAAGUUCAUCAACCUCGUCUCUUAUUGACAGCAGCUGUGCCAGUUGGACCAGACAACGUUCGCGGUGGAUAUGAUGUUCCAGCUGUUGCUAGUUAUCUUGAUUUCAUCAAUCUUAUGGCUUACGAUUUUCAUGGUAAAUGGGAAAAAGAAACUGGACAUAAUGCACCUCUUUAUGCGCCAUCAACAGACUCAGAAUGGCGUAAACAACUUUCAGUUGAUCAUGCUGCAGGCUUAUGGGUUAAAUUAGGUGCACCCAAAGAGAAAUUAAUCAUUGGUAUGCCAACAUAUGGUCGAUCAUUCACACUAGCAAAUACUGAUAAGCAUGGACCAAAUUCACCUGCCACCAGUGGAGGACGUGAAGGAGUUUACACAAAAGAAAGUGGUUUUCUUGCAUAUUAUGAAAUCUGUGAGAUGCUUAAUAAUGGCGCUGUUUAUGUUUGGGAUGAAGAAAUGAAAGUUCCUUACAUGGUUGAUGGAGAUCAAUGGGUCGGAUUUGAUGAUGAAAGAGCAAUAAGAAAUAAAAUGAGAUGGAUUAAAUCUAGCGGUUAUGGUGGUGCUAUGGUAUGGACCGUUGACAUGGAUGAUUUCUCAGGAACAGUUUGUGGUAAUAAUGUGAAAUAUCCAUUGAUUGGUGCUAUGCGUGAAGAACUUAGAGGAGUAUCACGUGGAAAGGAUGCAAAGGAUGUCGAUUGGGAGAAGGUCGCUGCUACUUUCGAUGAUUUACCAGAAAAACCAGAGCCUAUUAAGAUUGACGUUGCUGAGUUGCUUGCUAAAGUACAGAAACCAGAAAAGAAGACCAAGAAAGUUAAGCCAGGAUCAGCUAAAGCAGACACAAGAAAACGUCCAGCACAAAUCUUCUGUUACUAUACAAGUUGGUCAAUGAAGAGACCAGGCGCUGGCAAAUUUGAGCCUAAAGAUGUCGAUCCAAGCUUGUGUACUCAUUUGGUUUACGCAUUCGCAACAUUGAAAGACCACAAAUUGAGUGAAGCUAACGACAAUGACCCUGACAUGUACGAUCAAGUUUUAGCACUACGUGAAAAGAAUCCUGACAUGCAAGUUUUAUUAGCUAUCGGAGGUUGGGCAUUUGGAUCUACACCUUUCAAAGAAUUAACAUCAAAUGUCUAUCGUAUGAAUCAAUUCGUCUAUGAAGCCAUUGAGUUCUUAAGAGAAUACACAUUCAAUGGAUUAGACAUCAAUUGGGAAUAUCCAAGAGGAGUUGAAGAUCGUAAAGCAUAUUUGAAUCUUGUCCGGGAAUUACGAAUUGCCUUUGAAGGAGAAGCUAAAUCAUCAGGACAACCAAGACUUUUACUUACAGCUGCUGUGCCUGCAUCUUUCGAAGCCAUUGCAGCUGGUUAUGAUGUGCCAGAAAUUUCAAAAUAUCUCGAUUUUAUUAAUGUCAUGACUUAUGAUUUCCAUGGACAAUGGGAGAGACAAGUUGGGCAUAAUUCACCACUUUUCCCACUCGAAUCAGCAUCAGGACAUCAAAAGAAAUUGACUGUUGAUUAUAGUGCACGCGAAUGGAUUAAACAAGGAGCACCAAAAGAAAAAUUAAUAAUUGGAAUGCCAACUUAUGGACGAUCAUUCACAUUGAUCAAUGAUACACAGUUCGAUAUUGGAGCACCAGCUAGUGGAGGAGGAGCAGCUGGCAAAUUCACAAAUGAAGCCGGUUUUCUUGCUUACUAUGAAGUUUGCUCAUUCCUUGCUCAAACAAAUACAACAUUAGUUUGGGAUUCAGAACAACAAGUUCCAUUUGCUUAUCGUGAUGAUCAAUGGGUUGGAUUUGAUGACGAACGAUCUUUAAAGACUAAGAUGGAUUGGCUCAAGGAGAAUGGAUAUGGCGGUGUUAUGGUUUAUGCCAUCGAUAUGGAUGAUUUUGGUGGAAGAUGUGGAGCUGGAAAGUAUCCAUUGUUGAAUACACUUAAAACAGAACUUGAUACUUACAAAGUUGAACUAGAAUAUGAUGGUCCCUAUGAGUCAUACAAUCCAAAUGGAAAAUAUACAACCAAAGAUCCAAAUGAAGUUACUUGUGGAGAACAAGACGGUCACAUAAGUUAUCAUCCUGAUAAACUCGACUGCACACAUUAUUAUAUGUGUGAAGGUGAACGUAGACACCACAUGCCGUGCCCCGUAAAUUUAGUCUUCAAUCCAAAUGAAAAUGUAUGUGAUUGGCCUGAAAAUGUCGAAAGUUGCUCGCAACACACAAAGGCUCCUCCAACUGAUUAACUUUAAAAAAGAUGAAUUAUUAUUUCUGCACAUGAUGUCGAAAUAAGUUGAUCGUAAUUUUUUUUUUAAUUUUUUGAAAAAAGUGAUUAAUUCAUUCUAUUGUCCUAAUUACAUUAAUAUUAUAUAAUUUCUUUGUAAAUAUUCCAAAUUCUUCAAAAGAACAAAACUUUCGUCGUCAGUCUCCGCUUUCUUCCUUCCAUAUAAAAAUACGUAAAAAUCUAAAUUUUAAUUUAUAUCCCUUUUCUGUUUCAUCCAUUUUGUUUGUCAAAGACUUUUGGAAAUCGUUCAUUGAAUCAUAAAUUAUGCAGAAAUUCGCAAAUUGAAUGUGCGCCUUAUAUAAAUUAAUGUGUUUUGCGCAUAAAAUGCGCGUAUUAUGUUCGAAUAUGUAAAAUGCGUACUAUAUCAAAACAAUUGAAUGUUUUCGUAUAAUGCGCAGCUUUGUUGUAAAUGAACGAUUUUUAAAAAGAUUUUAGUCUAAAUUGAUUUACUGCCAUCUUAUGUAAAAGAGAAAAGAAAUGAAAAACUGCCCCUAAAACAAUACUCACAAGACAAUUGAAUGCUUAAAAGUCUGUGGUUAAAGAGAAAAGCAAAACAAAUUUGAAAUCUACUUAUUGUAAUUUUAAUAAUUUAUAAGAGAAAAAGAAAAAAUCUUUUUAUUUUCAAAAAAAAAAUCUACAAAUGUAACUUUAUGAUGUUAAGAUUUCAUGAACAUUGUACUGUUAAGAAAAUUUAUUAAAGGAAAUGAGAACAAAUAAAGAGAAAUUCCAUAA